UAGGAAGAGAGAGGGAGAGAGGGAGAGAAGGGGGUCUGGGUGGAUGCGUGGACCUGAAGGCCGGGCCGUGGCGGGGAGAGCGAGCCUUCCUUCCCUGCCGCUUUCCCGCCUCCCGCGGGGCAUUCAUUAGACUGCCGAUUGAUUAAAAGCGGGGAUCGAUUUGUAUGUAUUUCACCCAGCGCCGGGGGCGGCUGCUGCUGCUGCUGCUGCUGUUGGUCCUCUUGCUGCUGCUCCUGCCACCGCCGCCGCCGCCUGAGUGUUUUCCAACCUAAGGAGCAUUGUGGCUGGGAAGCUGCUGCUGCUCCUUCCUCCUCCUCUUCCUCUUCCCAAAAUGUCGGCCCCCGCUGGGCCCCGCGGCGGCCCUGCGCCCCCCGCGCCGCCGCCUCCUCCUCCUCCUCCGUCCGAGAUGCCCGACCUCAGCCACCUCACCGAGGAGGAGAGGAAGAUCAUCCAGGCCGUCAUGGACCGCCAGAAGAAGGAAGAAGAGAAGGAGCAAUCCGUGCUCAAGGUCAAAGAAGAACAAAAACCACAAGGGACACAGUGGUUUCCCUUUAGUGGAAUCACUGAGCUGGUAAAUAACGUUCUUCAGCCACAGCAAAAACAACAAAAUGAAAAGGAGCCCCAGACGAAAUUACAUCAGCAGUUUGAAAUGUAUAAAGAACAAGUGAAAAAGAUGGGUGAAGAAUCACAGCACCAACAGGAGCAGAAGGGUGAUGCUCCAACCUGUGGUAUCUGUCACAAAACAAAAUUUGCCGACGGCUGUGGCCAUAAUUGUUCAUAUUGCCAAACUAAAUUCUGUGCACGUUGUGGAGGAAGAGUGUCUUUACGCUCAAACAAGGAGGAUAAAGUGGUAAUGUGGGUAUGUAACUCGUGCCGAAAACAACAAGAAAUCCUCACAAAAUCCGGAGCCUGGUUUUAUAAUAGUGGAACGAACACACCGCAGAAGUCUGAUCAAGACGUUUUUAGAGGACUGCGGAACGAAGAAGCACCUCAGGAGAAAAAAGCAAAGCUGCAAGAGCAAUCCAUAUCAGCAUUGGAACGAGGUAGAUCUCAAGGGCUCACAAGGCAAGAGUCCAUAAACGGAUCGGGAGGAAAGGUGGCAGGUGACACAGCAGAUAGAAAAAGAAGCCCAUCGAUAUCCAGAGAUCAAAACAGAAGGUUCAACCAGUUGGAGGAGAGAGACGACUAUUCACAGUAUGCAACAUCAGACAGUGCAAUGCCAAGAUCACCAUCAGAUUAUGCAGACAGACGAUUACAGCAUGGCUCUCAAUUAUAUGAAGAACCUGAACUUGAUGAUUACAGGGAUUCCAACAGGAGAAGUCGCAGGCAUUCAAGAGAAUAUCCUUUAGAAGAAGAUGAAAUACAAAAUAGAGAGGAUUAUGAGAGGCAGCGGCGGGAAGAAGAGUACCAAGCUCGGUACCGGAGUGAUCCUAAUUUGGCUCGUUAUCCUGUCAAACCACAACCAUAUGAGGAACAAAUGCGUAUUCAUGCUGAAGUGUCUCGAGCACGCCAUGAACGAAGGCACAGUGAUGUGUCUUUGGCAAAUACUGAAUUGGAGGAUUCCCGGCUAUCGAUGAUGAGAAUGGAGCGGCCAUCAAGGCAAAGGUCUGCAUCUGAACGCAGAGCUGCCAUGGACCAACGUUCAUAUUCAAUGGAAAGAACUCAGGGACUAAGUCCCAAUCGGCAGAGGACCACAAAUCACAGUCCUCCAACUCCUAGGAGGAGUCCAAUUCCUUUUGAUAGGCCGGAAAUGAGGCGGACUGAUUCAUUAAGGAAACAGCACCAUUUGGAUCCCAGUUCAGCUGUCCGAAAAACAAAACGUGAAAAAAUGGAAACCAUGUUAAGGAAUGAUUCGUUAAGUUCAGACCAGUCGGAAUCAGUUAGGCCUCCUCCACCAAAACCUCAUAAAACAAAAAAGGGUGGUAAAAUGCGUCAAGUGUCACUAAGCAGUUCUGAAGAAGAGUUGGCUUCUACUCCAGAAUAUACCAGCUGUGAUGAUGUAGAAAUUGAAAGUGAAAGUGUUAGUGAGAAAGUCUCUCAUUUUUUCACAGGGGACAGUCAAAGGGGAAAAAGAAAAACUAGUGAGCAGGCAGUUUUAUCGGACUCUAACACCUUAUCUGAAAGACAAAAGAAAAUGGUGUAUUUUGGUGGCCACUCUUUGGAAGAGGACUUGGAAUGGUCUGAGCCUCAGAUUAAAGACUCUGGGGUAGACACCUGUAGUAGCACAACUCUAAAUGAGGAGCAUAGCCAUAGUGAAAAGCAUCCUGUAACCUGGCAGCCAUCCAAAGAUGGAGAUCGUUUAAUAGGUCGGAUUUUGUUAAACAAACGACUAAAAGAUGGAAGUGUGCCUAGAGAUUCCGGUGCAAUGCUUGGAUUGAAGGUUGUUGGAGGAAAAAUGACUGAAUCAGGUCGGUUGUGUGCAUUUAUCACCAAAGUGAAAAAAGGAAGCUUAGCAGAUACAGUGGGACAUCUUAGGCCAGGUGAUGAAGUAUUAGAAUGGAAUGGAAGGCUUUUGCAAGGAGCCACAUUUGAAGAAGUGUACAACAUCAUUUUAGAAUCCAAACCAGAGCCACAAGUGGAACUUGUAGUUUCGAGGCCAAUUGGGGAUAUUCCCAGGAUACCUGAUAGUACUCAUGCACAGUUGGAGUCCAGUUCUAGCUCAUUUGAAUCUCAAAAAAUGGACCGACCUUCUAUUUCAGUCACUUCUCCCAUGAGUCCUGGCAUGUUGAGGGAUGUUCCACAGUUCUUAUCUGGACAACUUUCAAGCCAAAGCCUUAGUAGAAGAACAGCGCCUUUUGUUCCUAGGGUUCAGAUAAAACUGUGGUAUGACAAGGUUGGUCAUCAAUUGAUAGUCACAAUUUUGGGAGCAAAGGAUCUUCCUUCAAGGGAAGAUGGGAGGCCAAGAAAUCCUUAUGUUAAAAUUUACUUUCUUCCUGACAGAAGUGAUAAGAAUAAAAGAAGAACAAAAACAGUAAAGAAAACUUUGGAACCAAAAUGGAACCAAACAUUUAUUUAUUCUCCAGUUCAUCGGAGGGAAUUUAGAGAACGAAUGUUGGAAAUUACUCUUUGGGACCAAGCGCGGGUUCGUGAGGAAGAAAGUGAAUUUUUGGGAGAGAUUCUAAUUGAAUUAGAGACAGCACUGCUAGAUGAUGAGCCCCACUGGUACAAACUCCAGACGCACGAUGUCUCUUCAUUGCCACUUCCCCACCCUUCACCAUAUUUGCCACGCCGACAGCUUCAUGGGGAGAGUCCCACACGAAGGUUGCAAAAUAAAGGCUUUUAUUCAUAUAAUUCAGGAUCCAAACGAAUCAGUGAUAGCGAAGUCUCAGACUAUGAUUGUGAUGAUGGAAUAGGAGUAGUGUCAGAUUACCGACAAAAUGGAAGAGACCUCCAAAGCUCAACACUAUCAGUGCCAGAACAAGUGAUGUCAUCCAAUCACUGCUCUCGGUCAGGGUCCCCUCACCGUGGAGAUAGUAUAGGAAGGACUAGGUCAUGGUCUCCCAGUGUCCCUCCAGUACAAAGUAGGAAUGUGGAACAGGGGUCUCGAGGGCCUCGAUCUACUCCUGCACAUUACAAUACCAUGAAUCGAAUGGAUAGACAUCGAAUAAUGGAUGACCACGGCUCCCCAGACAGAGAGAGUCAUUAUCUCACUCUGCCUUGGUCCCAUCACACUCAAUCCAUUGACUACCAUCAUAGAGAUGCCAGCAAGGAUCACUCAAUGUAUCCUAUCUUUUGUGAAGAUGCAGUCAGAUUACUUCGAUCCCGUAUGAAGUGCCGUACCUAUUCUGAGGGUGCUUACUAUGAAUUUGAGAGGAGGAGUAGGAAGGAAGGAAGAGUGCCUAAUGCAUAUUUUGAUGACACUGAUAUUUCCCCUACUCCUGAAAGGUAUUACAAUGGUGCAAGUUCAUGGGCAGAUCAUGUAGUCAAUGGUUCAGCUGAAAACUACGGGAAUUGGGAACCUAGACUACCAUAUCAAAGAUCCAGAUCCACAGAACAGCGUCCUGUGCUAGAACGGCCCAGCCCCCGCUCCCGCUCCACUGAACGUCCUGACUCAAACCUCAUGAGAUCGAUGCCUUCAUUAAUGACGGGAAGAUCUGCCCCUCCCUCACCUGCCUUAUCGAGGUCACAUGCUCGUAUGGGGUCUGUCCAAACAAGCCCAUCAAGUACCCCAGUAGCAGGACGCAGGGGUAGACAAUUGCCACAACUCCCACCAAAGGGGACACUGGAGAGAAAAGUUACAUGGGAAGACCAGCAGGAAAAGGUGAAUGGUACAAUAGCUGAUGACAAAUCAUUCCCGAGAAAGAAACAUCAUACUCAGCCAGAAGAAGUGGACUCAUCACGAAGGAGAAACCCAGUGCCAGAGAAUGGGGAUGAAGGUGCUAUGGAUAUAGAAGAGAGAAAUCGCCAAAUGAAUAUGAACAAGUAUAAACAGGUAGCAGGAUCAGACUCCAGGCUGGAGCAAGAUUAUCAUUCUAAGUAUCGAUCAGGACGGGAUCCUCAACGAGGCUCUGACAACAUCUCCACCAAGUCUUCUGACAGCGAUGUCAGUGAUGUCUCAGCAGUGUCGAGGACCAGUAGUGCUUCCCGUUUCAGCAGCACAAGCUAUAUGUCUGUGCAGUCAGAAAGACCCAGAGGGAACAAGAAGAUUAGAAGAUCAAAAGAGGGAGGGGAGGAAGGGGAUGGGGAGGUAUUCCCAGAAGAGGAAGAGGAGAAUCAGGAGCUUGAGAAAGAGGCGAAGGAUGAACAAGUAGAUGAAAAGGGGGAAGGGGAAGAGGUGGCAGAGAACUGUGAUAAGAAGGAAUGCAAAGAACCAGAAGAGAAUGAAGGGGCCCAAGAUGAACAAACUGAGGAAGGGGCAGAAAACAGAGAUAAAGAGGAUUUGCAAAGGACAUACUCACAAGAUGAUCUCAGCAGACAGAUGGGUGUUUCGGGACAGAACAUUACUAAGAGCACCAGCAUCAGCGGGGAGAUGUACACGAUAGAGAAGAACGACGGCAGCCAGUCUGACACAGCGGUGGGCACUGUGGGCACAGGCGGCAAAAAGCGACGAUCCAGCAUUGGUGCAAAGAUGGUCGCCAUCGUGGGUCUUUCACGGAAAAGCAGAAGUACCUCACAGCUCAGCCAAACUGAAGCAGGUGGCAAAAAAUUAAAGAGCACAGUCCAGAGAAGCACAGAAACUGGGUUGGCCGUGGAGAUGAGGAACUGGAUGACUCGCCAAGCCAGCCGGGAAUCCACUGACGGCAGCAUGAACAGUUACAGCUCCGAGGGGAAUUUGAUCUUUCCUGGUGUGCGGUUGGCUGCAGACAGCCAGUUCAGUGAUUUUCUCGAUGGACUUGGUCCUGCACAGCUUGUUGGGCGUCAAACUCUGGCUGCUCCAGCAAUGGGUGAUAUUCAGGUUGGAAUGAUGGAUAAAAAGGGACAGUUGGAAGUAGAGAUAAUACGAGCUCGAGGCCUUGUUGUAAAACCAGGUUCAAAGACACUGCCAGCACCAUAUGUCAAGGUGUACUUAUUAGAAAAUGGAGUCUGUAUAGCCAAAAAGAAAACAAAGGUGGCCAGGAAAACAUUGGAACCUCUUUAUCAGCAGCUGUUGUCAUUUGAAGAGAGUCCCCAAGGAAAGGUUUUACAGAUUAUUGUGUGGGGUGAUUAUGGACGUAUGGAUCACAAAUCCUUUAUGGGAGUGGCACAGAUACUGUUAGACGAACUGGACCUGUCCAAUAUGGUGAUUGGCUGGUUCAAACUUUUUCCCCCUUCGUCCCUAGUAGAUCCAACGUUGGCCCCUCUGACCAGAAGGGCUUCCCAAUCAUCUCUUGAAAGUUCGACGGGACCUUCUUACGCGCGCUCAUAGCAGCUGUGAAACUGUUGUCAGAGCAACCAGCGUUACAAAAAAAAAAUCAACAGGUCGCAAACCCUGGUAACACUGCAUGCUUAAUGUUGUGUCUUUGGAGCCUGUUUCUAGGGCUAUAAAGCGAUUCUGUGUUCUCAGAGGAAGUUGCACACAUUGUGCUCUAAAGGAAGUCCUCAGGUGAAGGAGUGGAGCUGGAAAGAACUGAAUGGUCGGGAGUUCAGUGACACUCAACUUGUAGUCCAAUCUGAAGCCAUGGAUUAAACUAAAGAAUCAAGCUGUCUCAUGCAACAAGAAUCCCUUUCAAUGGCACAUCUGUUUUCUCGCUCCCUUUUUGUUCUCUGCCCCUUCCUGCCCGACCCCAACCCCAAGCCUGGUGAUGCCACAGAAACAUGGAGCUACCCAAACACUGUGCCACGAGUCAUCGGAAAGAUGGAAGCCAAGAGGGUUAAUUAAGGAAAGCCAGUGCAAUUGUGAACAGCAGAGGAAACUCGCCUUACCAGAAAGGUUGAAGACUUAUAGUGGCAGGCCUUGCAAUUUCAGCUCUCGCUAGAGUCGAACCCCAUGCGCGUGGACUCUGAAAAAACAAAAUUCUGUGGCUAUACUGUACUGUAUGAAAUUAAAGACACUUUUUUGCAUGGACACAGAUUAUGCUGAACACUUAAAAUUAUUUUCUUGGGGCUGCAACUUGCAAAAAAAGAAUAAAUCAGCCAUUUUCAACAAUUUAUAUUAUUUUUAAAAAUAAAUUUCACUAGUGCAUGGUUUUAAAAGGGAGAGAAUGCAACAGGGUGGUAAGACACACCAAGUUUAUCAUUCUUUAAACCAAUCAUGGUCUGUGUUUUGGCAGACAUACAAAUGAAAAAUUAAUGAUUUCUAGCAAAUAUUUAAAAAUUAUGUUUAUGUGACAAGAAAUAAGUGUAAUAUAUGAAAUUUAUUUAAAUGUAAAAGGUACAAGCCUUGUAAAGUUCAACAAUAUGUGCAAAUUGUACACUUCUUUCCCCUUCUUGUCUACCCCUCCUCCCUCCUUUUGCUCUCUCUCAUUCCCUUCCUACCUCCCAGGAUGAUCAUUAUACUCUGAAAACGCUACUUUUUGACUUAUUACUCUCAUGCUCCAUAUUUGGUUCAGGGUUGCAGGUUAUUCUGCAUUUCUGAAAUCUUUGAGAAAAAAAAUAUUGGUUAAGACCUUUUUCAAGCAUGUUGAAAAGUAUUUUGCAACAUGGCUUGGGAAGUACAUUACAAUAAUUCAGCAUGUAUUUGAUAAAAAAUUGAACUUUUUGCAGUUUAUUGUACAGUGCAUGGAAACUUCUUUUAUUUUUUUUUCCUCACCUUCAAUUAAAUUCUGCAGCAAAAUACUGGAAUCAUGUGGCCAUUUGUAAAACAUCUUCAAUAAAUUUGUUUUCAGCACCAGCAUCAUUCAUUCAAGGUUGAACUAUCGUUUCUGGAUGGUCUUGAAGAACUCACAAGAUGACAGUCUUGCUAACUAUCAGCAUCUUUAUCAUUUGCACUGAGCCAAACAAACUGCUACCCAUUUAGGGCCUCAAUAAAGAGCAAUUAAACCCAUUUUCAUAAACCAUGUGGUGGCAAAUCGGUGAAUAUAAAAAGCUGACAUCAAAAAGUCACAACCAGAGUUGCAGUCCUGCACCUACUUAAUUUUUAAUGGUACCAACAUGCCCUAAGAGAUUGCAGGAUUGCACCUUUGGAUUUUUUUUUAAAACGCCUUAAAAUACAUUCAGUUUAAUAAUUCUGACACCAUCACCAAGAGCCUAAAUGUAAAGGAGUAACAUUACGCCUGGCACCUGUACGCAGGUAUUUUAGAACUAUGGGAAGCUGGGGUGAAAAGGUGGAGUAUUCAAAGUCCAACUCUUUCGUGAUUUUAUAAUGAAAGGGAAUGUAACUUGUUUAAGUGCAUCAUUCUUCUUUUCUGUGUCUUUCGAUGCCUUUAAUUCGUACCUAUUGUUUAAUGUCAAAGCACUGCAAUAAUAUUUGAAUAAACAUAAUGUUUAAAUUAUGGCCAUGCACGCAAAUAUUCUGAUUUGGGGCAAAAGAUCUGUAACGUUACCUCCUCCCCUCCUGCCCAAAUAGAUUGACUCACAGAAGAGCAAAAGCCAGAACUGAAAAUCCUCCUGAUGCCUUUUAUUUGAUAGGGUGUAUGAAGCAAAAUAAUGAGCACAGUGCAUUAAUUUUGCCCAUGAGAGCAUUACUCAAACAGAUGGAGAGUGUGCAGCUAGAAUGCCUCAUGAAUUGCACCCAUACAACAAACCCAAACUCCAUUUGUGCACCAAUGGAAAGAAAUGUGCUUAUGGAGAUUCUCCUAUGUAGUAAAUAAUGGAGAUGUUAUCUCUGGUGGGAAUUCUGUAUCAAGGACCUUGCAUCCAUCAGAAAUUAGGGUGGAUGAGAGAGGCUUUUACAAACUUUAUAUACAGUAUAUACUAAGUGAAAGAAGAUUGGUAAGAUGUAUUUGAGUGAAAUAAUUUAUGUUGGUACAAACUGCGGAUGUAUACCAAAAUAAUGCAUUGUUCCCUAGGGAAAAACUUUUUUUUUUCAAAAAAAAUAUAUGACUCUUCCUCAUACUGUGACAUGCAGUCGAUGCAUUCUUUUAUGCAUAUUCCUAUAUAAAAUUAUUUGUAAUUCCUACAAGAAGGAUAUGACCGUAUGAAAAGUCUGUACAUACUUGGUCAUUAUACAGUAUUUAUUUUAAAAGUUGAUUGUAUUUUUUUUAAAUAACCACAUGUCUGCAACUCUGCUUAUAUUUUAGUCAUGUAAAUAGCAUUCUUCCAGUGACCACAGCUGUCUUGUACAUAGUCUGUUUUAAAAGUAAAGGGAAUCGAAGUUGGGGGAGAAAUGGACAGUUUAGGCCUGUUAAUGAACACCGACUAAUGUAAAUCCAAUUCAUUCUGGUGAUGGCAUUUAUUUAACACUUUAAAUAAAACAUUUUCUUUACAGAA